AGCAUGGGGAAAACACGAAUUACGGACAAAAUAUUGAUAGACAUUGCAACAGACAUCGGAAACAAGAAAGAUGUCAUGAAGCUGGCCGUUAAUCUUGGUCUGUCGGCAGCUGAUGCAACCAUGGAGUUAGACUGCUGCAAGGUUCUGCGCAAAGCAAUGAAUGCUACUGCCAUCGAAGAUCAGAGUGAUAGACUGAGAGAAGCACUGAUUAAGAGUGGUCAUACGGCCGCAGCUGAAAUACAUCUAAACUCUCGUCCGAAAGCCAAAUUGACACGCAGUCAGCAAAGGAAGAGAAAAAUAAAUGGUACCACUCCCACUCCGAAGAAACCAGAUGGCUGGUCUAGACUUGAUGAAGAAAAGCAAAAGAUGAAAAUGGCAGAAGAAGAAUUAAAAGAUCUGCAGAAACAGGAGCGCGAAGUACAAAACCAAAUUGACCAGAAAAGAAGAAAAGUAAAGAAAAUAAAGGGUCUCGUAGUAAAAUUGCUGGAGCAAAAUUAUGAGGAUGACGCUAAAAAACUAGCCAAACAACGAGAAGAGUUGGAUAAAUUUAAAUCCUCUGAACCUUUCAGUACCCCUCAAGCGGUACUUAUUCCUAAUUCGGUACCACAAGUGAACAGUGGAAUACGUCCUUUUUCGUUUGGAUCAAAUAGGCCUCCUCCUAAAUACGGCUAUUAAAACACUUAGUUCCAUCCAAUAUGCAUGCACUGCUGGUAUUUUUUCCACACCGACUUUUCCUGUUUGACCUAAUUAUUUACACUCUGGAAUUUUCCCGCUCUUCCUCAUUCCUAGUUGAAAGAUUGAGAAUGGGUUUCAAAUAACAAAGAUUGGGGUAAAAUCAUUAAAAGGGUAUGAAGGGAGUUGAAAAUGUUUUUAAAACAAGUGUCAAUUUUAAUAAUCGGACAUAAUCAUGGUUGCGAGGUGAAUCAUAUCAAUAUACUUUAUUAGCGGUUUUCAAUUCCCUUUCUAGUCAAGAUUCGGAUCAUGAUAUGUUUCGACGUUUCAUUAAAACCCAUCAACCUUCAAACCGCACUCACAUCAUCGCACAAAAAUGUGGAAUAGAAAUGAAAAUGAAGGCGAAUUCGUGAGCCCAUUUCUCGAAACCAACGACAAGACCAACAGCUCAUGAUAUCGAUACUAUCGGCGAGAAGAGAGGCCGAGACAAAGCCUUAGUCGCCAUUCCACCUCAUUUAAAAACAGGAAUUUUUAAAACUGCGAUUAUUUAAAUGAAUAAGGAAAUAUAGUAAUUAUAAAUAGCAGCAGGUGACAAGAAA